CUUGCCUGUCAUCUGAAUCAAAGCCCAUGGUUUCACAAUUUUGCAGGAUUGAGGACUACUGCGAGCGAUCGUCACGGAUUGCAGACAGGCGAACGCUCUCUGCAGCCGUGUUUAAUUCAUGAACGUUAGUACUGAGGGACCAGCUAUUACACUGGGAUAUUUUACCUACUGGGAACUUCAACGCUGUAAAAUGUCGUAACGAGGAAUUGAAUAGUCAGAUUGUUAUUUGGGGCGGUCGUGUCUACAAAUCGCCGCGGCGGCUGCUCACUAGCCGAUUGCAUUAGGUCUUAAAUGAUAAGUGGGUUCGAAAGGUGUGUUAGAAAGAGACUAUCGUGGAGGAGCAGACCAUCAACCGCUGUGUUCGGUAUCUUUUGUGUUUUUUUUCCCUAAUAGACCAUGGCUCGUUGUGAAAUUCGUUGGAGGAAUUUGAGUGAAAACAAUUUACUUCCAGAGUUUCUCAAUGAAAUCUGAAGGACAGGAAUCCACCGGACUCGCAUGGGGUUAUUAUUAUACCUCCUCCGGGCUUUCCUUCUCCUCACCCCCCUGGUCGCUGGAACCUCGAACCCCAUCCAGGUUGGCAGGAACUACUCCGAAGCCUAUGAGGAGAUCCCUCUGCUGUGCAGGAAAGAAGAGCUAAGGUUCGGCCACUGCCUGGCGAACUGGCUGAAAUGCUACUAUAAGAAGGACUGUGGCAGGGAGCACAUGUUGAUGAAACUGAUCUGCUCAGGAAUGAGCUCGAACCAGAGCGGCCCGGCCCAUGAGUACCCAGACUGCAGGGAGGGGGGCAGCGAGGCCAGCCUGCUGGUGUCCCCGCUGGUGGUGGCGGGCAUCGUCAUCGGCCUGGUGCUCUUCCUCUCCUGCGUCACCAUCAUCGUGGGCAGCCUGCGCAAGGAUGGGCGUCUGCGCAACCCGCACAUGCGGGCCAGCUACGCUCCUGAUGGCUUUUCCUACGGCGGGUCUGUUGGAGAGCUGAGGUCAACAUGUAUUGAGGACUUCCCUCCGGCGUUCGACUUCGACUCCUAUGUAGAGACUCUGUCUCAAGUAAACGUGAUGUACCCAGACUCCCCACCCCUCUAUGAAGAGUGCGUGGGACCAGGUGCAACACAGAUAUACGUCCCCACAGACGACCCCCCGCCGUACUCAGUCACAGACCCGUGCCAGGGGGGGGACCUGCCAGGGACGCACGCUGGUGUGGAGAUGGACGAGCUGCCGGGCGGGGCCUCCUGGGUUAUGGGCGGAGUCUCCUCGCAGCACCCAAUCGGACUGCACGAGCUCAGGCAGCAGCCAAUCGCCUCCAUCUCCCUGUCGGCCCUCCCGUUGGAGGAGGUGCCACCUUACGAGGCGGUGGUGAGCGAACAGAACCGGCCCAUUCCCCUGAUCCCGACGGACCUGCUGAAACACGGGUCGUCAGACGGCAGCCCCCAGCAACCCGUCUCCAACAGAAUCCUGUAGGACGGACCCUGUUUUCCAACCAGGAUGUAACGUGUCAAAGCUCAACACCGCCCUUUGUCUUGAUUGGCUGAAGAGGAAAGGGGAGGUAUUACAUUAGUAAGUGUGUCAGCUGUGUUUGGGGACAGCGAUUCCCCACAGUGUUGGAACAAAUGGAGUAGCAUAGCUGUCUGGACCAAAGUCACACUGAAAGCACCACCGCAUUUCUGGGAUUGGCUGGGAUGCCUACCCUAGAACACACCCACCUCACUGCCCACCUCUAUCUCUACGUCCUCUCUCUCGGCACCAUGGACCACGGGCAUAGAAAUGCAGGAUUGCUGAGGAACUGAAGCUCUUUGGUCCUGGACAAACUCAUUUCAUCUUACAUGUUCUUGAUGUGUGUAACGUGCGAAUACACGUAUCGUUAUGUUUUCCUCUGUCACUUUAUUUUCUUUUUAGAUGACAUUGCAGGGACCAGAGCAAAACCCAGCACCAAUAGCACUUACAGUCUCACAUAGAUGUGUGGUUUUUGCAGCACUGAGUUUCUGUUUUAGUAGGUAUGGUAAAUAGAACAGCACUUUACUGAAAUUAAGGACGAACAUGGUUAGACAAGGAAGCAAUAGUGAAAUAAGAAGGAAACCUGGAGAACUGCAACAGAAGAUAUCACUCCCAUAAUUCCAUAUUCCCGCACUAAAUAAAAAUGUGUCUGUUUGUACAAGUCUCUGUACGACAUAUAUAAUAUUAUUUGUAAUAGAUGAGUAUGCCCAUAUAUUUUUAAAGCCAAAUUCUUAUUGAGUAUUUGAGAAGCAUUUUGUGAUUUCAGUUUUCAUUUGCACUGUUGAUGUGAUCACUGCUCUUUUUUAUGAAUACACUUGAUAUAGUUCUCCUGAACUAAAAAGCAAUGCCACGGCAGUAGCUGUUAUUUAAAGACAUUUUCUCUAAAGGCAUUUUACCUUGUUGGAUCCCCUAGCACAGCUGUUGAUGUGUCAGUUAGAUGAAUUGAGGAUGACCCUUUGCCAUCGUGUGCACUGUGGCGAAAAUUCCCGCUCGUCCUCCGCACCUCACAAUGACAAAACUGUGGUCAUCUUUUUUUAUUUUCCUCUGUCCACAUCCAAAAAUAUUCCUUAGAAAGCCAUGCAUCUUAACGUGUUGCUGUCUGUAAGUGACAAAGUCUGAUUAGAGCGCAUGGCUGCAAUACAGUACAGUAGACAACAUGCAAUAGAAAAACAGAAAUUAAUGUGUUUGUGGAAGCUGCUUCGAAGCAUCAAACACAGUGUUUUCGUGCGAAACUGGUGUGAGGAGCAAAAUUAAUGAACCUUUAAAAAGCCAUAUUUAAACAUAAAUACACAGAAGAGUAAAAAUAUGAAUAUAUGUAUAUCAAUGUGAGACAGCUCCAGUAAUGACAAAACUAGUAAGUGGCAACCCCAGUGUGCUGUGCUACUGUGGUACGAAGAGCAAUUUUUUACAGUUUAAAAAACCAUAUUU